UGACGCAUCAGAAAUUUUGAUUAUGCUCAAACAAAACAUAAUGGCUGAAGAAGAAAGUGAUAAAAAGUGGACGCAUGAAAGGAAGCUGUUGCUUUUAAAUAAAAGGCUGUCCAAUGAAGUUGAUUUUUGCGCCAAAAGGAAAAAGAAGUCCGUCCUUUGGGAAAAGGUGCUCCGUGAAAUUAAGGGAGUAGAUGCAGAGUUUCCUUUUUCACGGGAUGACAUAACCAGAAAGUUUAUGAACUUCAUGGUAACGUAUAAAAGAAUUAAGAGGCGGAAUAAAACGUCUGGAGAGGCUGCUGCAACGUGGGAGUUUUUUGAUCAAAUGGACGAAAUUUAUGGAACCAGGACCGACAUCGUUGUACCAGAGGAACUUUUGGAUUCAUCUUUAAGUGACAUAUUAUCUGGUAUAAAUGACCACAUCGCAGAUGACGCUAAUAGUGACACAGAUAAAGAACCCCCACGGAAACGGGCUCGAUGCGAUGUUUUGGACUUCUUGCGCGCUGAAAGCCAAGAAGAUAAAAAGCUUUUGAAGGAAUUUUUGGAAUGUGAAAAAGGAAAGCUAAAAGUGGAACGGGAAAAGGUUGAAGAGAUGAAGAAGCUGCGUUAGGUUUUGUCCAACAACGUAAUUAAAACGCUGAUAAAUUGGUCAUUAAAAGUAGUAUGUGUAAAACGUAAUAAUAAAUAUGUUAUUUCGUACAAUG